UAGACUCAGAUCUUUGCCCCGGUGGCAAAUGAACCUCGGACUGUCCACUGCGCCCUCCGCUGCGAACAGCGUGCAGGGAGAACGUGUGCCGCGGAGACCCCAGAAGCUCCUGGGGACCCGUCUCUCCCCGCAGGCCCUGCAGGAGGGGUCUCACUCGCAGCCAUGCGGGUGGCUGUGAUCGGAGCGGGGGUGAUCGGGCUCUCCACGGCCUUGUGCAUCCAUGACCAGUAUCACGCCAUCGUCCCAGCCCUGGAGAUUGAGGUCUAUGCCGACCGAUACACGCCGCACACCACCAGCGACGGUGCCGCUGGGCUGUGGCAGCCCUACCUGGAUGACAAGGGAAACAUUCAGGAAACGCUCUGGAACAAAGAGACAUUUGACUACCUGCUCAGACACCUUCGCUCCCCAGAAGCAGAGGAGAUGGGUCUCUUCCCCAUGUCCGGCUACAACCUCUUCACACAGCCAGUCCCGGACCCAUCUUGGAAAAACAUUGUCCUGGGGUUUAGGAAGCUGACACCGAAAGAGCUUGAACUCUUCCCUGGCUACAGCUACGGUUGGUUCAAUACAGCACUGAUGCUCGAGGGCAAGAGCUAUUUGCCUUGGUUGACCAAGAGGCUCCAGCGGCGAGGAGUCAAGUUCUUUCAGAGGAAGAUCAGAUCCUUCGGGGAGCUUCUUGCAGAGGGUGUGGACAUCAUAAUCAACUGCACAGGGGUACGCGCAGGGGAACUACAACCGGACCCGGAGCUACAGCCAGGGCGCGGCCAAAUCAUGAAGGUCCUGGCCCCCUGGGUGAAGCAUUUCAUCAUAACUCACGACACUGAAUCUGGGAUCUAUAACUCCCCGUACGUUAUACCUGGGAGUAAGCUGGUGACCCUGGGAGGGAUACUUCAGCUGGGAAACUGGAACGAAGAAAACAGCCCCCGGGAUCACAAAACCAUCUGGGAAAGGUGCUGCCAGCUGCUCCCGAGUCUCCAGAAAGCCAAGGCUGUGGAUGAGUGGAGCGGCUUGCGACCAGUGCGCCACAGAGUUCGCCUGGAGAGGGAGACCAUUCAUCACGGACUUUCAAAAUCCGAGGUGAUACACAACUAUGGCCACGGGGGUUUCGGACUCACCAUUCACUGGGGCUGCGCCAUGGCCGCGGCAAGGCUCUUCGGAAGUAUUCUUCAGGAGAAGAAGCAGGCCAGACCACCACAGUCCCACCUGUGAUUUCACAGCAGCAUCCUGGCCCGACUUGGGCGACCAUUCAAAAGCCAGUAGCUUAGA